AUGCGAGCGGUUCUGCAGCGCGUCAAAGGCGCAACUGUGCAUGUCGAUGGCAAGCUCGUCUCCAAGAUCGGCCCCGGCAUUGUAGCCCUGAUCGGUAUUUCGACGGAGGACACUGCCGCCGAGAUCAUUCCGCUCGCCAACAAGAUCCUCAAUACCAAGCUGUGGAAUGACAACCAGGAGGCCAACCAGAUCACUGUCCCGCCUCAAUACGAACCUGAAGCGUCAUCUUCCACCAACUCCGACACCCCGGCAGCGGUGCCAACAGCCAACGGCGAGGAAGGUGGCAAUGCGAGAGCAGAGCAGGUCUGGGGCGGCAAGCCGUGGAAGCGUUCCGUCGUCGAGCUUGGCGGCGAAGUGCUCUGCGUGUCGCAGUUCACCCUGUUCGCGCGAACGGUCAAGGGGACCAAGCCCGACUUUCACCGUGCAAUGGGUGGGGGCGAUGCGAGGGUCAUCUACGAGGCGCUGCUCAAGAAGCUUGGCGAUAGCUACUCAAGCAGAAGGAUCAAGGAUGGCGCGUUUGGAGAGAUGAUGGAUGUCUCCUUGACGAAUGAUGGUAUGUGUACCGAACUGUUGGACACUGCCGAGAAGAAAUAG